AUGAGUGCUUUCAAAAAGCAUCAUAGUCUUUUUCCCAGGACCUUCAGAAGAUCUUUGUCAGAACAAGAUGCUGGCACAGCUGCCUUGAAGGACUAUCAUUGGUACCACCAAACGGAAAGCAAGAAGUUGAAUAAACAGAUGAGUUUUGACUCAGAGAAACCUCUUGGAGUGUACAGAUGGCAAACACAUCCCUGGCCUCCCUGGAGGGUAAGCAAAAGAGAGGGCUCCUCCACUGUGAGAGGGGAACGCAAUGACCCAAGUCUUACCAAAAGUUCUGCGAGCGUGGAUGCUGCCAGUGCUGACAGUGUCCACGAAGAGCCACCUGAGGCACUCUCCCCGACGAGGACUGGGCCAGUCCGGGUUCCCUUCAGCCGCUCUCUGUCCGAGCCUGUGCCACAGCCCGGGAGCAGCAAUGCCCGGCCCUUCCUGCAAACCGUGCGCUCGCUGGACCCCGAGCAGCAGGGCUGCCCCACCCGGGGCAUCUUCUCCUCUCUCUCCAGUGGUUUUUCACAGAUAAUGAGUGGAAAAUGGGACUCUCUCAGUGAAUCCCUAACUGAAGGGAAGACAGAGGACAAUCAAGUUGUUUUGAGUGCAGAUGUGAAAGGACCACCCACCCACAGACUGUCCUGCGGCCAGUCCCCCUACACUGAGAUGACAACAUGGGAGAGGAAAUACUGCAUCCUGACAGACAGCCAGCUGGUGCUACUCAACAGGGAGAAGGAGGUGCCUACAGAAGGGACUCCGGAGCCGCCCGAUGCCUCCCGCGGGCGCUGCCUGCGCCGCACGGUCAGCGUCCCCUCCGAGGGCCAGUUCCCCGAGUACCCGGCAGAGGGGGCCGCCCAGCUAGAGGUCCCAGCAGAGAGAUCUCCUCGCAGACGGAGCAUCUCAGGGACCAGCACCUCUGAGAAAACCAGCUCCAUGGAUGUUCCGAACACUUCUCCUUUCAGAGUACCAGGCUUCUUCAGUAAGCGCCUGAAAGGAUCCAUCAAGAGGACAAAGAGCCAAUCUAAACUGGACAGGAAUAUAAGUUUCCGUCUGCCCUCUCCCAGCAAUUCUGAGGACAGACCACGUGAGCUGCCCAAGCUGAAGGAGUCCCGUUCCCAUGAGUCUUUACUGAACCAAGCCAGCACCAUAGAGACUCUGGACUUUGCAGCAGAAGAAGCAGUCUUUGUCAAACCACUUCACAACAGCAUCCUUGGACGAGAUUUCUGCUUUGAGGUAACCUACUCCAAGGGCAGUAAAUGCUUCAGUUGUUCUUCUGCAGCAGAGAGGGACUGGUGGAUGGAAAACAUACGCAGACUAUCCCAGCCAAUGAAGGACAAUUGCCGUCGAGCUGAACAUGUGCUUCGCCUCUGGAUCAUAGAGGCCAAGGACCUGACCCCCAAGAAGAAAUACUUUUGUGAGCUAUGCCUUGAUGACAUCCUCUUUGCCCGCACCACCAGCAAAGCAAAAGCAGAUAACAUUUUCUGGGGGGAGCACUUUGAGUUCUACAGUCUCCCACACAUUCAGAGCAUCACAGUUCACAUCUACAAGGACGUAGAGAAGAAAAAGAAAAAGGACAAGAACAAUUACGUAGGCCUGGUCAACAUUCCCACGGCCAGUGUGACCGGUCGCCAGUUUGUGGAGAAAUGGUACCCAGUCAGCACCCCUACAGCCAACAAAGGCAAAUCAGGGGGGCCUUCCAUUCGCAUCAAAUCCCGUUACCAGACCAUCACCAUCUUGCCCAUGGAGCAGUACAAAGAAUUUGGGGAGUAUGUUACCAGCAACUACGCCCUGCUGUGCUCCGUGCUGGAACCUGUGAUCAGUGUCAAGAACAAGGAAGAGAUGGCUUCUGCCUUGGUACACAUUCUUCAGAGCACUGGGAGAGCCAAGGACUUCUUGACAGAUUUGGUGAUGGCUGAGGUAGAUCGUUGUGCAGAACAUGAUGUCUUGAUCUUCAGGGAGAACACACUCGCUACCAAAGCUAUUGAGGAAUACCUCAAGCUGGUUGGACAAAAGUACCUCCAGGAUGCACUGGGAGAGUUUAUCAAGGCUGUGUAUGAGUCAGAUGAAAACUGUGAAGCAGAUCCCAGCAGGUGCUCACAGAGUGAAUUAGCAGAUCAUCAGUGCAACCUGAAAAUGUGUUGUGAGCUGGUCUUCUGCAAGAUUAUCAAUUCUUACUGCGUGUUCCCUCGUGAGCUGAAGGAGGUGUUUGCAUCUUGGAAGCAGCAGUGCCUGAACAGGGGCAAGCAGGACAUCAGUGAACGCCUGAUCAGUGCCUCUCUCUUCCUCCGCUUCCUGUGCCCUGCCAUCAUGUCCCCCAGCCUGUUCAACCUCAUGCAGGAGUAUCCUGAUGACCAGACCUCUCGCACGCUCACCCUCAUCGCUAAAGUCAUCCAGAACCUCGCCAACUUUGCCAAGUUUGGUAUUAAGGAAGAAUAUAUGGCCUUCAUGAAUGAGUUUUUGGAACAUGAGUGGGGAGGAAUGCAGCGUUUUCUGAGGGAGCUCUCUAACCCAGAUACCAUCUCCAACAUGCCUGGAUAUGAUGGCUACAUUGACCUGGGCAAAGAGCUCUCUGUGCUGCAUUCUCUCCUGUGGGAGGUUGUGUCCCAACUUGAUAAGGGUGAAAAUUCCUUCCUACAGGCAACUGUGGCAAAACUGGGACCUCUUCCUCGUAUUCUUGCGGAUAUCACAAAAUCCAUGACCAGCCCUACACCCACUCAGCAGCAGCUGAAGCGUUUCACAGAGCACAGCUCCAGCCCAAAUGUGGCUGGAAGUCUCUCCUCAGGACUUCAGAAGAUAACUGAGGACCCCACUGAUGGUGACAUAAACAAGAUGAAGUCUCCAACCCAGGAAAAUAUAGAUGGACAUUUUAGGGGCAAGACCUUACUGCUGGUUCAGCAGGCAUCCACCCAGAGCAUGACUUGCUCAGAUAAGGAUGAGAAGGUAAGUGUCUUGCCCAACGGACGCAGCAUCUCUCUCAUGGACCUGCAGGACCCUCACGCAGCUCACAGUGACGCCGCUUCCAUGAUGCACGACGUGCCUUUGCGCCUCGCGGGCAGCCAGCUCUCCGUCACCCAGGUGGCCAACAUCAAACAGCUGUGGGACACCCAGAGCACCCCCCAGAGUGCUCCCCAGGUCCGGAGGCCGCUGCACCCGGCGUGGAACCAGCAGGGCAGCCUCCGGCCUCUCUCGUUCCAGAAUCCCGUUUACCAGCUCAACAACCCGAGCCCCCCCAUGGCCAAGGCCUCUGUGGACUCCAGCCCAGAGAAUCUGAGCACCGCCAGCUCCCGGAGCCGCAGCAACAGCGAGGACUUCAAGCCCAGCGGGCGCAGCAACAGCAGCCUGGAGGACUCUGCCAAGCGCAGCUCGCAGAGCGAGGACUCGGCGCGGCGCCCCGCGGGCCCAGACAAGCACGUGCCGGUGGCGCUGCCCCGCCAGAACGGCAGCAGCCAGGCGCAGAUCCGCAAGAUGGAGCAAGCCGUGCUGGGCACCAGGGCCAAAACGCUGCACACCCUGACGCACAGCCCUUCCCUGCGCGGCGCGGGCAGCGCGUCCGGAGCCUCGGUGGCGGCGGGCAUUGAGCCCGUCCAGAACGGGAGCCGCUCCCGGCACCAGUCCUCGUCCUCGAGGGAAAGCCCCGUCCCCAAGGUGCGGGCGAUUCAGCGGCAGCAAACGCAGCAGGUGCAGUCGCCGGUGGACUCGGCCACGCUGUCCCCGGUGGAGAGGACGGCUGCGUGGGUGUUCAACAACGGGCAGUAUGAGGACACCAAGAAGGACAUGGCUCAGAACCUGGAUGAAGUCAAGCAUGCUGAGAAGUACGAGCAGGAGAUCGCCAAGCUCAAGGAGCGCCUGCGGGUGUCCAGCCGCCGGCUGGAGGAGUACGAGCGGCGGCUCCUGGUGCAGGAGCAGCAGAUGCAGAAGCUGCUCACAGACUACAAGUCUCGACUGGAGGACAGUGAGGACAGGCUGCGCAGGCAGCAGGAGGAGAAGGACAGCCAGAUGAAAAGUAUCAUCAGCAGACUCAUGGCUGUUGAAGAGGAGCUGAAAAAGGAUCACGCUGAGAUGCAAGCAGUCAUUGAUGCAAAGCAGAAAAUUAUUGAUGCACAGGUCAUAAAUGGGGAUGAGAUAAUUCCAACAGGAGAAGCGGAUUGUGUUCCUGGACUCGGCCAACACGCGCCUGAUGAGCGCCCUGACGCAGGUAAAGGAGCGCUACACCAUGCACGUCCGGAAUGGCAACCCUCCCAAGCUUUCCAUCACGGAGAAUGGUGA